AUUAGACUUUUUUUUUUUUUUUUAACUAUCUUUAUUUGAUUUCCCAUACAGCUUUCCUGUCGUCAAUAGAUAAGUGGAGCCUACUUUGAUCACCCACUUUGGGCUCAAGUGUUAGGUUUUUGGAAGAUAUUUCCUCCUGUUUCUGUUUCAGCUGCUGCAUAGAGAUAUCUUCUACUUCACUUCCUUGUUUGACUUGCAACCCCAAAGAGCGACGGAAUCAGACACGAGCGACGAGAUGUAUGGAACAUCGACCGGCCCUCAAACGGGCAUUAAUACCCCACGUUCAUCCCAAUCACUGCGGCCUCUGAUCCUGACUCACGGAUCCCUGGAAUUCUCCUUCCUUGUGCCCACCUCUCUGCACUUCCACGCGUCCCAAUUGAAAGAUACCUUCAUCGCCUCUUUACCACAGCCGACAGAUGAGCUCGCCCAGGAUGACGAACCGUCCUCCGUCGAGGAGCUGGUGGCUCGAUACGUGGGUCACGUCGCCCAGGAGGUCGAAGAGGGCGAGGAUGGUGUUCAUGGAACGUAUAUGGAGGUGUUGAAAUUGGCCCUCAAUGAAUUCGAGCGCGCCUUCAUGCGUGGGAAUGAUGUCCAUGCCAUUGCCGCCGGUCUUCCGGGGAUUGUCGACAAGAAGGUUCUGGUCGUGAAGGCGUACUAUGCCGGGCGAGCUGCUGCCGGGCGGCCCGUGAAGCCUUACGACUCGGCGUUGUUCCGAGCCGCGGCCGACGGAAAGGCUGGCUUGUAUUCCAUCUUCGGCGGCCAGGGCAACAUUGAGGAAUACUUUGACGAACUCAGGGAAAUCCACACCACAUAUCCGUCCUUCGUCGAUGGUCUGGUCACGUCCUCGGCCGAGUUGCUCCAGACUCUGUCGCGGGAACCAGAAGCCAGCAAACUCUACCCCAAGGGCCUCGAUAUCAUCAAGUGGCUUCAGGACCCCGACUCCCAACCGGACACCGACUACCUCGUCUCGGCCCCAGUGAGUCUGCCGUUGAUCGGCUUGGUUCAACUGGCCCAUUUCGUCGUCACGUGCAGAGUCUUGGGCAAAGAGCCCGGGGAGAUCCUGGAGAGGUUCAGUGGGACGACGGGUCACUCGCAGGGGAUCGUGACCGCGGCCGCCAUUGCUUCCGCGACAACAUGGGAGAAAUUCGGCAAAGUCGCCCACGAUGCCUUGACAAUGCUGUUCUGGAUCGGUCUUCGCAGCCAACAAGCGUACCCUCGGACCUCGCUCGCUCCCUCCGUGCUGCAGGACUCCGUCGAGAACGGGGAGGGCGUCCCAUCGCCCAUGUUAUCCAUUCGCGACCUCCCCGAAGCCGCCGUCCAGGAGCACAUCGACACCACGAAUCAGCAUUUACCGGAGGAUCGCCACAUCUCGAUCUCUCUGGUGAACAGCGCUCGUAACUUUGUCGUCACGGGGCCGCCGAUCUCGCUCUAUGGUCUCAACCUGCGUCUGCGCAAGGUGAAGGCCGCAACGGGCUUGGAUCAAAACCGCGUGCCUUACACGCAGCGUAAAGUUCGCUUCGUCAACCGGUUCCUUCCCAUCACCGCGCCCUUCCACAGCCAGUACUUGUACUCCGCUUACGACCGCAUCCUCGAGGAUUUGGAGGAUCUGGAGAUUCCCGGGAAAUCGCUCAACAUCCCGGUAUACGACACCAAAACCGGCGAUGACCUCAGAAACCUUGGGACCGCCAACGUCGUGCCCGCCUUGGUUCGGAUGAUCACCCAUGAUGCCGUCAGCUGGGAGAAGGCCACCGUCUUCCCUGGUGCGACUCACAUCCUUGACUUCGGCCCCGGGGGGAUCUCUGGUCUCGGAGUUUUGACAAACCGCAACAAGGACGGCACCGGCGUUCGCGUGGUGCUUGCCGGGGCCAUUGAUGGUACCAACGGCGAAGUCGGGUACAAGCCAGAGCUGUUCGACCGUGACGAACACUCGGUCGAAUAUGCGAUCGAUUGGGUGAAAGAAUAUGGACCGCGUCUGGUCAAGAACGCCGUUGGCCAAACCUUCGUCGAUACCAAGAUGAGCCGACUGUUAGGUAUCCCCCCGGUCAUGGUCGCGGGGAUGACGCCGACCACGGUGCCUUGGGAUUUCGUUGCGGCGACCAUGAACGCAGGCUAUCAUGUCGAACUUGCCGGUGGUGGUUAUUAUAACGCCAAGACCAUGACCGCGGCCAUCUCCAAGAUCGAGAAAGCGAUCCCGCCGGGGCGUGGCAUUACGGUCAACUUGAUUUAUGUCAACCCCCGCGCUAUGGCAUGGCAAAUCCCUCUCAUUGGUAAAUUGAGGGCCGAUGGGGUUCCGGUCGAGGGACUGACCAUCGGCGCGGGAGUGCCGUCCAUUGAAGUCGCCAAUGAGUACAUCGAAACCCUGGGUAUCAAGCAUAUUGCCUUCAAACCCGGCUCGACCGAUGCCAUUCAGCAAGUCAUCAACAUCGCAAAGGCGAAUCCCAAGUUCCCCAUCAUCCUUCAGUGGACUGGUGGCCGUGGUGGCGGACAUCACUCUUUUGAAGACUUCCACCAACCCAUCCUGCAGAUGUACAGCCGUAUCAGGCGCUAUGAGAACAUCAUUCUUGUCGCCGGCAGUGGCUUCGGUGGCUCGGAGGACACUUACCCCUAUCUCACGGGCGCCUGGUCCUCCCAUUACGGUUACCCGCCCAUGCCUUUCGACGGCUGCUUGUUCGGAAGCCGCAUGAUGAUUGCCAAGGAAGCGCAUACGUCCAAGAACGCCAAGAAGGCCAUCGCAGAGGCACCUGGUCUCAAUGACCAAGACUGGGAAAAGACGUACAAGGGCGCUGCUGGUGGGGUUGUCACGGUUCUGUCGGAGAUGGGGGAGCCCAUCCACAAGUUAGCCACCCGAGGUGUUUUGUUCUGGCAUGAGAUGGAUCAAAAAAUCUUCAAACUCGACAAAGCCAAGCGUGUGCCUGAGCUCAAGAAGCAACGGAACUAUAUCAUCCAGAAGCUCAACGACGAUUUCCACAAAGUAUGGUUCGGUCGCAAUGCUGGGGGUGAAACCGUUGAUCUGGAAGACAUGACAUACACCGAAGUCGUUCACCGUAUGGUUGAGCUCAUGUAUGUCACCCAUGAAAGCCGGUGGAUUGACGCCUCUCUGAAAAAGUUGACGGGCGAUUUCAUCCGUCGCGUCGAAGAGCGCUUCACCAAUGAGGGCAGACCGUCGUUGCUCCAGAAUUAUACCGACCUCGACACCCCGUAUCCUGCCGUCGAUCAUAUCCUGGCCGCCUACCCGGAGGCUGCGACCCAGCUCAUCAACGCGCAGGACGUCCAGCAUUUCCUUCUCCUCUGCCAACGUCGCGGCCAAAAGCCCGUCCCUUUCGUUCCCUCGCUCGACGAGAACUUCGAAUAUUGGUUCAAGAAGGAUUCGCUAUGGCAGAGUGAGGAUCUGGAGGCAGUUGUGGGUCAGGACGUGGGGAGAACCUGUAUCCUCCAAGGGCCGAUGGCUGCCAAGUUCUCGAACAUCAUUGACGAGCCGGUACAUGACAUCUUGAGCGGUGUUCACCAGGGGCACAUCAGUAGCUUGGUCAAGGAUGUUUACGGUGGCAAUGAAUCGCAAAUCCCCGCCGUUGAAUACUUUGGAGGACAUCUCAGUGAGAUUACCGAGGAGCCGGAUGUUGACGGCCUUACAAUCUCCGGUGAUGCCAACAAGUCCUGCUACAGACUGUCAUCCUCGCCUUCAGCGGACUUGCCCGAGCUUGAGCGCUGGUUGCGUUUACUUGCUGGCCCAUCCCAUUCAUGGCGACAUGCUGUGUUCCUGUCCGAUAUCUUUGUCCAAGGCCAUCGUUUCCAGACCAAUCCCAUGAAGCGCAUCGUUGCUCCGGCGCCGGGGAUGUACGUUGAGGUCACGAACGGACAGGAUCCCGCCAAAACAGUCAUCAUCGUCAGGGAACCAUACCAGUCCGGAAAACUCGUCAGGACGGUUGAGGUGAAGAUGAACGAUCAGAACCAGAUCAGCCUCACCUUGUAUGAGGGUAGAACUGCCGAAAAUGACGUUGUUCCCUUGUCAUUCUUGUUCACCUAUCACCCCGAGGCGGGCUAUGCGCCCAUCAGAGAAGUCAUGGACGGACGGAAUGAUCGCAUCAAAGAAUUCUACUACCGCGCCUGGUUUGGUAACAAGGAUGUGCCGUUUGACACCCCGAUCACGGCCACUUUCAGCGGUGGUCGCGAAACCAUCACCUCGCAGGCUGUUGCAGACUUUGUGCAUGCUGUUGGCAACACCGGUGAAGCUUUUGUUGACCGCCCAGGCAAGGAGGUCUUUGCGCCCAUGGACUUCGCCAUCGUCGCGGGAUGGAAGGCCAUUACGAAACCGAUCUUCCCUCGUACGAUUGACGGUGAUCUAUUGAGACUGGUCCACCUCUCCAACGGGUUCAAGAUGGUCCCUGGGGCUCAACCCCUCAAGGUUGGUGAUGUGCUUGAUACGACCGCCCAAAUCAACUCGGUCAUCAACCAGGAUUCUGGAAAAAUGGUCGAGGUUUGCGGUACCAUCCAAAGAGAUGGCAAGCCAAUCAUGCAUGUCACCAGCCAGUUCCUUUAUCGCGGAGCGUAUCUGGACUUCGACAACACCUUCCAGCGCAAAGAUGAGGUUCCAAUGCAGGUGCACCUCGCCUCCAGCAGGGAUGUCGCCAUUCUCCGGUCGAAGGAAUGGUUCCGCAUGGAUGACCCUAGUGCCGAGCUAUUGGGUCAAACUUUGACCUUCCGUCUUCAAAGUCUGAUCAGAUUCAAGAACACGUCGGUUUUCAGCCGCGUACAAACGGUCGGACAGGUUCUUCUAGAACUUCCGACCAAGGAGAUCAUCCAGGUUGCAUCUGUGGACUAUGAAGCCGGCACCUCCCAUGGAAACCCUGUGAUCGAUUAUCUGCAAAGAAACGGAACGUCGAUCGAGCAACCCGUUUACUUUGAAAACCCGAUUCCCCUCAGUGGAAAGACUCCCCUUGUCCUGCGUGCGCCUGCAUCCAAUGAAACCUAUGCUCGUGUUUCCGGUGAUUAUAACCCCAUCCACGUUUCCCGAGUCUUCUCCAGCUACGCCAAUCUGCCGGGCACGAUCACGCACGGCAUGUACACGAGUGCUGCCGUCCGCAGCUACGUCGAGACUUGGGCUGCUGAGAACAACAUCGGUCGUGUUCGCGGCUUCCAUGUGUCUCUUGUCGGCAUGGUUCUUCCUAACGACAUGAUCACGGUCAAGCUGCAGCAUGUUGGUAUGAUCGCUGGUCGGAAAAUCAUCAAGGUCGAGGCUAGCAACAAGGAAACCGAAGACAAGGUGCUCCUGGGAGAAGCAGAGGUUGAACAGCCUGUAACUUCCUAUGUCUUUACUGGACAGGGCUCGCAGGAGCAGGGGAUGGGAAUGGAACUUUACGGCACUAGUCCCGUUGCAAGGGAGGUUUGGGACCGCGCGGACCGCCAUUUCAUCGAGAAUUAUGGCCUUUCCAUCAUCGAUAUCGUGAAAAACAACCCGAAGGAGCUCACGGUGUACUUUGGUGGGCCGCGUGGCAAAGCGAUCCGUCAGAACUACAUGGCGAUGACUUUCGAGUCGGUCAAUGCUGACGGAACUAUCAAGUCUGAAAAGAUCUUCAAGGGCAUCGAUGAGACCACUUCGUCGUACACCUAUCGAUCUCCGUCGGGCCUUCUUUCCGCGACUCAAUUCACCCAACCGGCGUUGACCUUGAUGGAGAAGGCAAGCUUUGAAGACAUGCGCUCGAAGGGACUGGUCCAAAGAGACAGCAGCUUCGCCGGGCACUCGCUUGGUGAAUAUUCUGCCCUUGCUGCUCUUGCCGAUGUCAUGCCCAUUGAAAGCUUGGUGUCCGUGGUGUUCUACCGCGGGUUGACCAUGCAGGUCGCCGUCGAUCGCGAUGAGCAGGGACGCUCUAACUAUUCCAUGUGUGCUGUCAACCCCAGUCGCAUCUCGAAAACAUUCAAUGAGCAGGCCCUGCAGUAUGUUGUAGAGAACAUCACUGAGCAAACUGGCUGGCUAUUGGAAAUCGUCAACUACAACGUUGCAAACAUGCAGUACGUUGCUGCUGGCGAUCUCCGUGCCCUUGACUGCCUGGGUAAUCUCCUCAAUCACCUGAAGGCCCAAAACAUCGACAUUCCUUCUUUGAUGCAAACCAUGUCUCUGGAAGAUCUUAAGACUCAUCUCGUGAGCAUCAUUCACGAGUGUGUGAAGAUCACCGAAGCCAAACCGCGCCCUAUCGACCUUCAGCGUGGCCAAGCGACGAUCCCCCUGAAAGGAAUCGACGUCCCCUUCCACAGUACCUUCCUUCGCUCAGGAGUGAAGCCUUUCCGCUCGUUCCUGCUCAAGAAGAUCAACAAGACGACCAUCGACCCCAGCAAAUUAAUCGGCAAGUACAUUCCCAACGUGACGGCGCGGCCCUUCGAAAUCACAAAGGAAUACUUCGAGGAAGUCUACAAAUUGACGAACUCUCCCCGCAUCGCUCACAUCCUAGCCAACUGGGAGAAGUUCGAAGAGGGAAGCGAGGGCACCACCACCACCGCCCCAGCUUAACGAAAUUGACCUGUUGCUGUACUCUCAGUGCCCUAGCUCGACACUCAUGUCUGAUGCACUCCGUCCCAACAAGCUCCGUCCGUUCCCCCUGAUAUAGACCAGGGUCAAUUCUUAUUGUAAUUUAGCUUAGAAAUAGUUCGUGCAGUUGUUUUUUGUCUGCAGUUAUGUCAUCCAAUCUACUAUUAACUACUUAGA